AUGAGUUCCGGUCCCUUAUAUCUCGGGUUCGACCUGUCGACCCAACAGCUUAAAGCAAUCGUCGUCCAGUCCGACUUGACCGUCGUUUCCGAGGCAAAAGUCGACUUUGACGCCGACCUUGGCAAGCAGUAUGGCCUGCACAAGGGCGUCCUGGCCAACGAGGCCGAGGGCGAGGUCUACGCGCCCGUUGCACUGUUCCUCGAGGCGAUUGAUCUCGUCCUGAGCCGUCUCCAGGCCAAGACGCCGAUGGACCGCAUCAAGGGCAUCAGCGGCUCGUGCCAGCAGCACGGCAGCACCUACUGGAGCAGGAACGCCGAGACGCUGCUGAGCGGCCUGCAGUCCGACAAGCCUCUCGUCGAGCAGCUCAAGGAGGCGUUCUCGCACCCGUAUGCGCCCAACUGGCAGGAUCACAGCACGCAGGCGCAGUGCGAUGAGUUUGAUGCCAACUUUGAGACGGCGCAGCGGCUGGCUGAGGUUACUGGCAGCGCUGCCCACCACCGCUUCACCGGCACGCAAAUCAUGCGCCUCCGCCAGAAGCUCCCUGACAUGUACGCCGCCACGUCCCGCAUCUCCCUCGUCUCCUCGUUCCUGGCCUCUGUCCUCCUCGGCGCCGUCGCCCCCAUUGACAUCAGCGACGUCUGCGGCAUGAACCUGUGGGACAUACCCGCGGGCACCUGGAGCGAGCCCUUGCUGGAGCUGACCGCCGGCUCCAAGUCCGGCGUCGCGGACCUGCGCUCCAAGCUCGGCGAGCCGCGCCACGACGGAGGCGGCUCGAUGGGCGCCAUCUCGUCCUACUUUGUCCAACGCUACGGCUUCAGCGCCGACUGCCAGGUCGCGCCGUUUACGGGCGAUAACCCAGCCACCAUCCUGGCGCUCCCGCUACGUCCGAUGGACGCCAUUGUCUCGCUCGGCACGUCGUCGACUUUCCUCAUGGUCACGCCCGUCUACAAGCCCGACGCGGCGUACCACUUCUUCAAUCACCCCUGCACGCCGGGUCAGUACAUGUUCAUGCUCUGCUACAAGAACGGCGGGCUCGCCCGCGAGCGCGUCCGCGAUGCUCUCCCCAAGCCCGAGGGCGGCGAUCCCUGGGCCAACUUCAACAAGGCUGUGCUCGACACGCCGCCGCUGGACGCGCGCUCCGAGGCGGACAAGGCGAAGCUGGGGUUGUACUUUGACCUCCCCGAGAUCGUGCCCAACAUCAAGGCGGGCACGUGGCGGUACACGGCGGACCGGGACGGAAGCUCCCUGGCCGAGGCCAAGGAGGCGUGGUCCAAGGAGACGGACGCGCGAAUUAUUGUCGAGUCGCAGGCGCUCUCGAUGCGUCUGCGCAGCCAGAAUCUGGUGCACAGCUCCCAGGACGGCGUGCCCGCGCAGCCGCGCCGGAUCUACCUCGUCGGCGGCGGCUCGUUGAACCCUGCGAUCGCGCGGGUCAUGGGCGACGUGCUGGGCGGGGCGGAGGGGGUGUACAAGCUCGACGUGGGCGGCAACGCGUGCGCGCUGGGGGGUGCUUACAAGGCCGUCUGGGCGCUUGAGAGGGGCGACGGGGAGACGUUUGACGAGCUGAUUGGGAAACGGUGGAGGGAGGAGGGGGCGAUUCAAAAGGUUGAUGAGGGGUUCAAGGACGGUAUCUUCCAGAGGUAUCAGCCUGUUGUUGGGGCGUUUGAAGAGAUGGAGAAGUCGAUUUUGAAGGUUGCUCAUAACUGA